AUGGGAAGACUAAGGGAGUCACUUCCCGUGAUUCUUCUACUGUUUGCUCUUCUUCUCCGUCCAUCACUCUCUCAGGUGCUCGGAGAAUCUGAAUCAAUUAGAUCCCUUAUGGAAGAAGUAGAAGUAGGAGGCAAUGCUCCAGAAAUUCAUUGUUCCCGGCAAAGAAGUCGAGCAGCUUGGCAGAUUAUACAAGAUUAUUUGACGCCGUUUGUGGAAAGAGAAAGAUAUCAAAUCCCAAAGAAUUGUAGGCUUCAUCCUGAGAAUGAUUUAUACAGAGAUCAAGAAGAGCAUAAGACUCAUGUUGAUAUAUAUGAAUGGAAAUGUGGUUACUGCAAGAAGAGUUUCAAUGAGGAGAAGUUUCUUGACCAGCACUUCGAUACUAGACAUUAUAAUCUUCUCAACACGACUCAUACAAAGUGUUUAGCCGAUCUGUGUGGUGCGUUGCAUUGUGACUUUGUAUUGAGCUCCAAGAAGGCCAAGAGCAAGUGCAACACUGCAGCUGUUGCCAAAAACCGUCAUCUUUGCGAGAGUGUUGCCAAUAGUUGUUUCCCAGUGAGUCAAGGUCCCUCAGCUAGCCGUCUUCAUGAACACUUCUUGCGACAAUUCUGUGAUGCUCAUACAUGUACUGGAAGUAAUAAGCCGUUUCCUAAAGGAGGCAAGAAGAGCUCGGGUGUCUUCUACCUCGCCAUUUCAAUACUGACCUUGAUGCUACUCCCGCUCUUUUAUCUUCUUGUUUUCUUAUAUCAAAGAGAAAAGAGAACCGGGACACAAGACCUGCGUGAGAUCAGAGCCAAAUGUGUUAAAAUCCGAGAUUGGUUUGUUGAAUCACAAAUCUUCAACGUUGCUUCUCCUUCCAAGACCUUUCCUCAUUUGGUGUUGAUUCUCAAAUCAGAUACUUUAUGGAUUGAGUGUUACUUUGGGGUUUUGAAGCCAGUUGCUGUGGAUAUCAGAAAGGUUUCCAAAGACAAAUGA